UGACUGCCCUCUGCAGAACCAGUUCGGUCUAGCACAGGUUAAUUUUUCAAAGCGCACAUCAGAUUGAGUUCAUUAGGCGCCAGGAGAGGUGAAAAUGAAUGAAGAUCAACACGCCAUCGUGUAGAGACCAGGUGAAGAGAGAUUUUUACAGAACAGCAGAGGCUCAGCACACAAGGACAGGGAAUAGGAAUAAGUCCAGGAACUCCUCAUUUGCGCCUGUCAGAGGACAGAUAUAUUUCGUACAUGACGCAUUUGUAGAGAACAAACAGGUACUCCAUCCAGGUGCACUGUGAGUCAAGAGGAGAAAAGGCAGGAUGUCAGCCAGAGGAGGAAAGAAAAAGAUCACCAAGCUGUCUCGUUCUGCCCGGGCAGGAGUCAUUUUUCCUGUCGGGAGGAUGAUGCGUUACUUGCGCACAGGAACCCAUAAGUAUCGCAUCGGCAUGGGCGCCCCCGUCUACAUGGCAGCUGUCAUUGAGUACUUAGCAGCUGAGAUCUUGGAGUUGGCUGGAAACGCAGCAAGAGACAACAAGAAGGGGAGAAUCACUCCAAGACACAUCAAGCUGGCUGUGGCCAAUGAUGAAGAACUCAACCACUUGCUCAGAGGGGUGACCAUAUCAAACGGUGGCGUUCUGCCUCGCAUCCAUCCUGAGCUGCUCUCCAAGAAGAGAGGAGGCAGGGUGAAGGUGGAGACUCAGGUGACCGUCCCAGAGAAGAGGGUGAACCGGAAACCCAUCAAGAAACCCAGCAAAAAGAGCAAAGGAAAACCAGGCCGCAAACCCAAAAAAAGCACAGAGAAUGACAAAGAAGCAGACGCCAACACAACAGUGGAAGACGGACCAGGAGAGGGCUUUACUAUUCUCUCCGCGAAAAGCUUGUUCCUUGGACAAAAGCUGUCCCUUACAGAGAGUGAAAUCAGCAAAAUCGGCACGAUCAAAGUGGAGGGAAUCAUCAAUCCCACAAACGCAGAGAUUGAUCUGAAAGAGGGAAUCGGUAACGCUCUGGAGAAAGCAGGAGGAAAAGAUUUCCUAGAGACCGUCAAGGAGCUGAGAAAAAGCCAGGGUCCUUUGGAGGUCGCAUCAGUCGCUGUGAGCCAAGCCAAUGGGAUGGCAGCACGUUUCAUCAUCCAUUGUCACGUUCCUCAGUGGGGUUCAGAGAAGUGCGAAGAUCAGCUGGAGAAAACAGUCAAGAACUGUCUGUCUGCUGCCGAGGAGAAGAAGCUCAAGUCGGUGGCCUUCCCUUCGCUACCCGCCGGACGAAAUGGUUUCCCGAAGCAGACAGCAGCCCAGCUAAUACUGAAGGCCAUUUCGAACCAUUUUGUCUCAGCAACCACUUCCUCUCUGAAGAACAUUUACUUUGUUCUGUUUGACAGCGAGAGCAUUGGGAUAUACCUGCAGGAGAUGGCAAAGAUGGACGCCAAGUGAUGUCAAGUCGUGGGUUUGAUUUCUUUUGAAAGUGUAACGCCUCGAUGCAGCUCUGUUUUAGUUUGCUUUGACUGGUUUUGUCGGCCUCGUCGUCGUGGGAAGGUGAAAUGAGUUGAACGUGAGCUUUAGCGGAGAGUGUAUCCAGGCUAGUAGGAGCGUACUAAGUGGAGUGUAGUGCAGCUUGGUGAAAGAUGUUGUAGGUAUAUGUUUUUGACAACAGAUUAUUUGAAGGUGUUUAAACAAGGAUAUUUGUGAGUGAUGUACUGUACACAUUUAUGUUUCACUGUUCUCCUUUAAAGUAAAGACAUUCAUUUAGACUAGAUCUACUUAAUCCUCAUUGUUUGCCAUUUUUAUCCUUAGAAUGAUCUUUUUACAUUCCAUGUUCAGAGUUGAACUUUUGACCGUUGUUUUUGGCUAGAUAUCAUGUGUGGUUUCUGACCGUUUUGUUUUAUCAAAAAAAAAAAGUGUUUCUUGUUCUGCUUUGAAAUAAAAAAAUGUUUUACACCA